CUUGUCUGUUAAUUAGGUCUACUGUUGUUGAACAAGUGAGAAAAAGAUUCAUCAAGACACAGUAUCUUAAUUCCUCAUCUCUCUCUCUCUCUCUCUCAAUAAGGGCCGGUACUGUUGUUAAUUAAUGGCUAGUCUUAGCUACUACUCCAACUCCAACUCCAACUUGGAACCAAAUAUGCAACAACUCAACGAGUUUCUUUUUGAUUUCAACUAUGACCAGAGCUAUUUCGAUCCAUUUUUCGACUCCAACGAGUUUGUUUUCCCAGCAUUAAUGGAACCAAAUUGUUUCGUGCCAGAAAUCCAAGAGUACUACUCUGAUUUUCAGAUGAGCAACCCAAAACGGCAAAAAGUCUUUGAAUUAGACAGCAACUGCCAUCAUCAAGAUAUAAUAACUCAGGGUAAUUUGUCCAAUGGGCCAAUCUAUCAAUCGUUUUCAUUUCCAAGUCCGCCUGUUUUUAAUAGCGGGUGCUGCAGUCAUCAGGUGGUUGAAAAGAAAGGUAAUAAUAAUGAGAAGAAGAUGUCUGCACAGAGCAUAGCGGCGAGACAAAGGAGAAAGAAGAUUACUGAGAAAACGCAAGAAUUAGGGAAGCUCAUACCUGGUGGACACAGAAUGAACACUGCUGAAAUGCUUCAAGCUACUUUUAAGUAUGUUAAGUUCUUGCAAGCCCAAGUUGGACUUCUUGAAUUCAUGGGAUCACAUCAGCAGGAGAAUGGGAAAUCAUAUGAAACACCAGAUUUGCAAAAACUUGUUGGAUCGGCCUUGGUUCAGGAGAAGUUAUACUCAAGUGACAAUUGCUUGGUUCCCAAAGUGUUCCUUGAAGAGCUAGACAAGAAUCAUGAAUUCCAACAUUCACAAAGCGUUCACCAAGUCAAGAAAUUGAUUACAUGAAAUGCUAGCCUAAUUAAAUAUUGGAGAUUUUAGGGGUAGUUUCAGUUCAAUUACCUCUUGUUGUUCUUAGGUUAGCUAGCAUUGAUUUCGUUUUCUGU